UUCACCAUCUCUCACGAUCUCUCAGGCCUCGGCUCUCUCUCUCUCCCUUCACCAUCUCUCACGCCUCUCUCACACCUCUCUUCACCAUCUCUCACGAUCUCUCAUCUCCAUCUCUCACACCUCUCUUCACCAUCUCUCACGAUCUCUCUCCACCAUCUCUCACGCUUCUCUCCACCAUCUCUCACGCCUUAGCUCUCUUAAAGGUUUGGACAUAAAUCACAACAAGAUAAGACAAGAAGAAUGGCUGAUGACAAAUGGACCGAUGAAGAAGUUAGGUAUUUCUUUGCUCUUUAUGCUGAUGAGAAAAAGAAAGGGAACAGACCAAGGAGUGGCAUGAAUCUAGCUGGAAGAGAGUUCAUCGUAAAUAAGUUUGAAGAGAAAUUUGGUAAGAGAUGGAUAUGGGACAGGUUUAAGAACAAGGUUGAUAUUAGUAGAAAAGCAUAUGUCAAGUUUAAGAAGCUUACCCACAAUAGAACCGGGCUUGUCUAUGAUGCUUUGGGAAGGUUGGAGAUGCCGGAUGCUUGGUGGGAUCAACGCAUUGCGUUCAUAUAUGCUUAUGUGGGUGUGCCGGGUAGAGCUCAUGACACAAAGGUAUUAACUUAUUGUGCGAGGAAUGAGCCUUUUUUUCCACAUCCGCCAAAUGGAAAGUAUUAUUUGGUUGAUGCUGGAUAUCCCACAAGAACAGGGUAUCUUGGUCCGUAUCGUAGAGUUCGAUAUCAUCUCGAUCAGUUCAACAGAGGAGGACCACCAACGAACACUCGAGAGGUGUUCAACCGGAGACAUUCAAGCUUGCGAUCAGUGAUUGAGCGGACAUUUGGAGUGUGGAAAGCAAAAUGGAGGAUUCUUGACCGUAGGCAUCCAAAAUAUGGUUUGAUCAAAUGGAUAAAGCUAGUGACGGCAACGAUGGCUCUACACAACUUCAUACGUGAUUCACAUCGAGAAGAUAAUGAUUUUGUGCAUUGGCAGAGAAGAGAAGAAUAUCAUACUCAUGGUGAUAAUGAUGAAGAAGAAAGAGAUGAAGAGGAAGAUGAAGAUGAAGAUGAAGAUGAAGAUGAAGAAGAAGAAGAAGAUGGUGAUGGUCAUGGUGGACAUAUUCCAUAUGAGCCGACUGGUGAUAGAGCCAUGGAAGGUUUACGUGAUCGUAUUGGUAAUGAGUUGAGUAGAGGAUAUCGAUUACCUUACUAGUUUAUUUGAUUUGAGUUUGUACUGAUUAUUAUUAUAAGUUACUCGUAUGAUCACUUUUUUUUUAUUAUUUAGACUUUUUCAAUAUUCUAAGUUACAAGGAAUAAUAUUCAAGUGUAGACUUUUUAAUUA